AUGGCGCGCACGAAACAAAGAGCGCCCUUGCAACGGGCGCCCUCGUCUGAUAUCAUGCAAGCGCCUCCAGACUUGCCAGAGAAAGCACAGAAUGGCAAGGCGGUUGCAAAUGGCAGUGCAAAUGGGAGCGCAAAGCCCGCCGCCUCUCACGAACAUGCGACAGAAAGCGAGCCAGGGCUUGUGCAGCUGGCUAUUUGUGUUGGUGGUAUAUAUGCGUCAUUGUACGGUCACCUUCCAGCUUUCCUUGUCUCUUCUGCUAACAGUAUACACAGUCUUUUAUGGGGCCUUCUCCAAGAAGCCAUCACCACCACGCCGUAUCCUGUCCGCGAAGCUACCGCUCUUGACCCGGAACCCCCCACGGAGCGAUUCACCUUUUCCAUUGUCCUCAAUACAAUUCAGUCAUGCUUUGCAGCGUUCAGCGGCUUUUUAUAUCUCUUAUUCUCUACCCCCAAGGGCCAGAACGUGCCCUCGGUCUUUCCAACCAGCAAAAUCGCUUUCCCCUUGAUUCUUGUCGCCAUCUCGUCCUCGCUGGCCUCACCUUUCGGCUAUGCCGCUCUUGAUCACAUUGACUACUUGACCUUCAUUUUGGCCAAGGCUUGCAAAUUGGUGCCUGUGAUGCUCUUGAACCUGGCCGUCUUCCGCAAGCGGUACCCCUUGUAUAAAUAUGUGGUUGUCAUGCUCGUGACACUCGGAGUCGCAACAUUCACCUUGUACCAUCCGGGAACCUCAAAGAAGGUGGCUUUGUCAACCAACAGCGGUCAGACAUCUUAUGGCUUGUUCCUGUUGUUCAUCAACCUGCUUCUUGACGGCCUCACCAAUGCGACACAAGAUCACGUCUUUUCGUCCCCAGACAUCUAUACGCGCUACUCCGGACCCCAGAUGAUGGUAGCGCAAAACCUCCUCGCCACCCUUCUCACCACAGUGUAUCUACUCGUUGCACCGUACUUGUCGGCCAACGGUGCCAUUGCAUCGGCUCUGCCCUUGCAAAUCCCAGCUUCGGCCGGUUUGGAGCUGUCGUCAGCCAUUGCUUUCCUGCAAAACCACCCGCAGGCUCUCAAGCACGUCCUCGGAUUUUCAGUCUGUGGUGCGGUUGGCCAGGUGUUUAUUUACUACACGCUGUCCAAGUUUUCGUCUCUGCUGCUUGUCACGGUAACCGUGACGCGCAAGAUGCUGAGCAUGAUCAUCAGCGUGUUUUGGUUUGGGCAUUCAUUGACACAUGGACAAUGGAUGGGGGUCGGGCUUGUCUUUGGAGGUGUCGGUUUCGAGGGUAUUGUACAACGACAGGAAAAGCAAGCCAAGGAGCGCGCCAAGGCAGAGGCCAAUGGCAAGAAGCAGCUUUGA